UUCCACUAAUCUGAAAAAAGCAGAGAUUUAUUAAAAUGAGAAAAAGGAGGGACACAGACACCAGACACAGAGAGAAAGAGGAAGAGAGAGCAUGGAAUAAAUCUCAGCGUAUAUCUGCCCCAUGUUGUUAGGGUUGUGUGCUCUCAACUCUCAAGCCAGCCAUUAACCCAAAAAGAGGAACAAGAAUUCCAUCAUCAUUAAUACUCCAAAACAAACUCUUCUCCAUAACCAUAACCCACUUCUUUGCCCUUCUCAGCUGGGUUUGUCCUAACUUCAUCAUUGCAGCUACAUACACCUAGCUUAGAAAAAAAAAAAAGAAGGUGGGAGAUCAAACAGCCUAUUUAUAGCUAAUCAAGCUUCCCCAAAAAUAAACAUAUAAAGACGAUUGACCAUGCUGGCUGAGAAGAUGGCAACCACUGAAGAAGCAACAUCAGCAGCAAUCCUCUCCACCAACAGCUUCUCUCACGAUCACAACCCUUUUUCUGCUGGAUCCAAUCCUCCUCCUCCUCCUCCUCUCAAUAAGAAGAAGAGAAACCUCCCAGGAACUCCAGAUCCAGAAGCAGAAGUGAUAGCCUUAUCACCAAAGACGCUGAUGGCAACCAACAGAUUCCUCUGCGAAAUCUGCGGCAAAGGGUUCCAGCGAGACCAGAACCUGCAGCUCCACAGGAGAGGCCACAACCUGCCGUGGAAGCUGAAGCAGCGGACAAGCAAGGAGAUCAGGAAGCGGGUCUACGUCUGCCCCGAGAAGUCGUGCGUCCACCACCACCCUUCUCGAGCCCUCGGGGACCUCACGGGGAUCAAGAAGCACUUCUGCAGGAAGCACGGGGAGAAGAAGUGGAAGUGCGACAAGUGCGCCAAGAGGUACGCGGUUCAGUCGGACUGGAAGGCUCACUCCAAGACCUGUGGCACUAGGGAGUAUAAAUGUGACUGUGGGACUUUGUUCUCUAGGCGUGACAGCUUCAUAACCCAUCGAGCAUUCUGCGACGCGUUGGCUGAAGAAACAGCGAGGAUGAAUGCAGCAUCCACAAUCUCGAGCUUGAGCAAUCUGAGCUACAAUCUAAUGGGUGCGGUUCCACUACCCCACCAUCACAUGGCUCCACAUUUCUCCUCUUUGUUCAAGCCAAUCUCCAUCAAUGAUCAGCAGCACCAGCAGGCAGAGAUUCUGCUGAAUCAAGAACCAAGGGGGACGAUGGCCCUGUGGAUGAGCCAAGCAGCAGCUGCUCCACCACACGAAUUAGUAGCAGCGCUCCACGACCCAUCCAUAGGCAGCAAUAGCAGCAGCAGCAACAUGUUUGGGGAUCACGCUCCUCUUCCUCCUCAAUCCGAACAUCAUCAUCAUCACUACGAUUUGAGUUGGCCAAUUGUAGGAUUAAACAACGGCAGCAGCAGCAACAACAAGAAGAGCAACAGUAGUGGUUGCAUAACAAGUAGCACAACCAAUGUGAGUGUUCCUUCAUUGUACAGCACGCAAAAGCAGCAGCAGGGAGGAGGAGGUGUUUCUUUAUCUUCGUCGUCUUCGUCACCAUUGUCAUCAUCAGCAAACAUGUCAGCCACUGCUUUGCUGCAGAAAGCUGCUCAAAUGGGGGCAACUUCGACCGCUGCUGACCCGUCUUUCCUUGGAAGCCUAGGAAUCACCAAGACCAGCAGCAGCACCAACAACAACAACAGUCAUGUCAACAGUAGCCAAGCGAUGGUUCAAGCAGAUCAAUACCAUGGCAACAGAUUUUGCGGGUUGUAUGGUACCACUGAUUCGAGUCAUCAUCAAAGUAGUAUGGUCAGCCCAUUUGGAAGUCUGUUGGAAAACUUCAACUCAUCAGCUGCAAGAGUUGGUGCUCCUCACGAUAUACUGAAGCUGAAUCAUAUUCAGCUUCAACAUCAAAAUCAGCAGCAGGAGCUGCAAGCAGCUAUGUACCCAGCAUGGAAAAGGCAGAAGACAUUCCAGGGUAGUGAAGACUGUGGUGGUGGAGGUGGAGGAGGAGGGCAAACCAGGGAUUUUCUUGGGGUUGGAGCAGCUGUUCAUCAAGCCUUGUGCCACCCAUCAUCAAUCAAUGGAUGGAUCUAAUAUUCCUUUUUUUUUUGCCCUUUCCUUUGUCGGUUUUUUUUUUUAAUUGUUUGAAUAUGAAUGUUUUUUUUUAUUGGAACUCCAAAGCAAAAAGCUAGUAAUAAUUACCAAAUAAUAAGUUGAUUAAGUGCAA